AUGGCAAGCGAACCAAUAAAUAAAGCGAAAUCGAGUUGUCACAGCAAAAAUCAAGAGGAAACCAACGUUAAAAAGAAGCUCACGGUUUUGGAAUCACAUGGAUACAUACUUGGCAAAACUGUCGGAGUCGGCACUUAUGCGACAGUCAAACUCGCCGACUCUAAUAGACAUAGGUGUCAAGUAGCCGUCAAAGUGAUAUCGAAAUUUCAAGCGCCAAGUGCUAACCUGAAUAAAUUUUUGCCUCGCGAAAUUCAGGUCGUGAAGAAUUUGCGUCACCCAAAUUUAAUCAGAUACUUUCAGGCCAUUGAAACGAGUUACAGGGACAUAAAGUGCGAGAAUUUGCUAUUGGAUCGCCAGUACAAUCUAAAGCUCUCGGACUUUGGAUUCGCGAGGGGUUACAUGAAGCCAGUCGACGGAGUGCAGAGCCUUUGCGAGACAUACUGCGGGAGUUUCGCAUAUGCGUCACCGGAAAUCAUCUGUAGCAUACCUUAUCGGCCGCAACUAUCGGACAUCUGGUCGGCUGGCGUUGUUCUCUAUACCAUGGUCUUCGGUAGGCUUCCUUUCGACGACACCAGUUGGUCGAAAUUACGUAAGCAAGUGCAGAGCAAAGUAGUCUUCCCAAAAUCGCCCAAAGUAUCGCGCGCCUGUCGAAGCUUAAUAUUGCGGAUUCUUGUCCCGCAAAACUUGCGCCCGAGUAUUGCAGAAAUUCAGAAGGACGCGUGGCUUACUAAACAGACUGCUACAGCUCAGACAUCCACGGAUGAUGCUCGCAUCGAGGAAUCGACUAGUACUGUCAAGUCACACAGCGGUAAGACUUUGUCGAAUGCAAAUACGUCUGCUAAAUCGAGAAAAUCAUCCCAUUCAAAGAAAAGUGACAACAAUGAAGAAUAG